CCUGAACAUGGGAUGAAUCCAAAAAUUCAAGUGUAGCUUAUACCGGUGGCUGUGACUAAUAUCGUGGGAAUGAAAUUUAUCCUGAGGAGCUGUCGCAACCUCCUGCCGCUAGCUCACUAACUACUUCACCUUUCCCCUCCCCCCGACUACUUCACCCCUCACUAUGUCCCAUGCUGACCACACUAGAGAUCCAUGUCCAUGGGUCAUAUUGAAUGACUUUGGAGGCGCAUUUGCGAUGGGUGCUGUCGGUGGUGGUAUAUGGCACGGUAUCAAGGGUGCACGGAACUCCCCUAGGGGCGAACGUUUGGUCGGUGCUAUCUCUACCAUCAAAGCACGCGCACCAGUCACAGGCGGAAACUUUGGUGUCUGGGGAGGCAUGUUCUCCACUUUCGAUUGUGCCGUGAAAGGUUGGCGGCAAAAAGAGGAUGCGUGGAAUGCCAUUAUUUCGGGGUUCAUGACGGGUGGAUGUUUGGCCGCACGAAGUGGCCCAAAAUCAGCACUAGGAUCUGCAAUUGCGUGUGGCAUUCUCUUGGGUGUGUUCGAGGGUGUCGGUGUCCUUCUCUCCCGUGUGUUCAGCGAAGGCACACGACCACAGCUUCCACAACUACCAGACACUAUCCAGCCUCAACCCUCAGGACACUAGCUUCAUACCUGCCUCUUUCCAAUCUAUAUUACAAUAGAUGUCUCCUCCUGCCCUACGGCACCCACUUACCCUCCUCAUUGUAUAUUCGCGCUGCAAUGCAAUGCAUAGUACUAAAUUCA